UUUUUCAAAAAUCAACUUGCGGUCACGCUACACACGUGGUUUCUUUUUAUGCGUGCAGCGUUUUUGAUAUACCGCGUGCGUUUUUGAAUUGGUGGAGACACUUGUAUUAAAACACAAAAGUACAGAUAUUUAAAAUGGGCAAACCUGGUUUCAGUCCUCGUGGUGGUGGCGGCGGCGGAGGUAGAGGAGGAGGCGGUGGUGGUGGCUUCCGCGGUGGAGCUGGAGGACGCGGUGGCGGCGGUGGCCGUGGAGGCGGCGGCGGAUUUGGUAGCCGUGGAGGAGGCGGUGGACGCGGAGGUGGUGGUGAUCGCGGCUUUGGCGGUGGUCGUGGAGGUGGUGGCCGCGGUGGCGGACGUGGUGCUGGAGGUCGUGGAGGUGGUGGCCGUGGAGGCGGUCGUGGUGGUGGCGGACGUGGAGGUGGUGCUGGAGGCUUCAAGGGCGGCAAAACAGUCACCAUUGAGCCACAUCGUCACGAGGGCGUGUUCAUUGCCCGUGGCAAGGAGGAUGCUCUGGUCACCCGCAACUUUGUACCCGGCUCCGAGGUCUACGGCGAGAAGCGAAUUUCCGUUGAGACUGGUGGCGAGAAGAUUGAGUACCGUGUGUGGAAUCCCUUCCGUUCCAAGUUGGCCGCUGCUAUUCUUGGCGGUGUUGAGAAGAUUCACAUGCCUCCCGGCUCCAAGGUUCUUUAUUUGGGUGGCGCCUCUGGCACAACCGUGUCCCACGUCUCGGACGUUGUCGGACCCGAGGGUCUCGUUUACGCCGUGGAGUUCUCACAUCGUUCCGGCCGUGAUCUGAUAAAUGUGGCAAAGAAGCGCACCAACAUAAUCCCCAUCAUUGAGGACGCACGUCAUCCACACAAGUAUCGCAUGCUAGUCGGCAUGGUGGACACCAUUUUCGCUGAUGUUGCCCAGCCAGAUCAGGGACGUAUUGUCGCACUGAAUGCCCAGCAUUUCCUUAAGAAUGGCGGUCACUUCGUCAUCUCUAUCAAGGCGUCGUGCAUUGAUUCUACAGCGCAACCUGAAGCGGUCUUUGCUGCUGAGGUGAAGAAGAUGCAGGCGGACAAACUGAAACCACAGGAGCAGCUCACGCUGGAGCCUUACGAGCGUGACCAUGCCGUCGUUGUGGGCGUCUACCGACCACCACCAAAGCAGUGAAAGUCUGACGAGGCGAAUGAGGAUUGUGAAUGUGGAUAGGUUUUAAGCUAUAUACAUAAUACUUCUAUUAAUACAGUCGUAUUGUAUUAAGUUUUCUUUUUAACUAUUAAAUCAAACAAACCAUAGUUGUAAACACUUUAAAAA